CGCCCCUGCGCCCGCGCAGUCCGGAAGACCAAGCGGGGACGGCGCCUGCGCAAUCGGGGCACAGGCUGUGGCGGCAGCGGCGAUGGAACCCGCGGAGCAGCUGAGCGAGUUAGUGUCACCCGAGGGCCGAAACCGGAAGGCGGUGCUGUGCCAGCGUUGUGGCUCCCGGGUGCUGCAGCCAGGAACCGCUCUCUUCUCCCGCCGACAGCUCUUCCUACCCUCCAUGAGGAAGAAGCCAGCGCUGGCUGAGGGCAGUGACCCCGAGGGAGACCUCCUGCAGGAGCACUGGCUGGUUGAGGACAUGUUCAUGUUUGAGAAUGUGGGCUUCACCAAGGACGUGGGCAACAUCAAGUUCCUGGUCUGCGCGGACUGUGAAAUCGGACCAAUCGGCUGGCACUGCCUCGAUGACAAGAACAGCUUCUAUGUGGCCUUGGAGCGGGUUUCCCAUGAGUGACGGAGGGGCGGAGACUCAGCUGUACCCCAGCCGUGAAAGUUGCUCCUCGUGGGAACUGGCAGUGGACCUGGUGUCAUGUCUGCUGCCUUCUCUCCUCAUGCAGCUGCUGGCCCCACUUCCACACACCGAAGGAAGGGUCACCGCUUCCUGGAAGCCUCAGGUGCAUGCAUCCUGCUGAGUCUACCGCGUGCCCUCCCUGCCUCGUCCUUGCAGAGAUCCUGUCUCAGCACCACCCAAGCCCCCUGCCCCACCUUUCUGCCUUCGCCCUGCUUGACCUCCCUCCCUCCUUGUUUUGUCUGCUGUACAUAAGCAUCCUCAGCAACAUGUAACCAAAGGUGCUCACGUGCUAGUGUUUAAAACCCCACCUGUUUCUAUCUCAAGAAAGCCCUCGCUGAUUGGAGAGGAACUUUGUUGUAAGCCUGACCACCUGUCUACAGUAGUUUAUGUUCUGGAACAUUCACAGAUGCAAGCGUCUAAGCCUUUCAGGAGGGACACUCCAGGUGACGUGCCUCAGUGAGGCAUCUGCAGCGUUUGAUCAUGCACACGUGACGCUUACCCUUCCACUUGCUAGGGCGUCCUCUACAGACUGUCUCUUCUCCCUACAACCUGAGCAGGCACCCUGAGGACUGCUCAGCCCCAGCUGUUUGCCUGUGUCUCCAGGCCACCGGUGGGGGUGUGGGAUUUAACUAGGCCAUGCCAAACUACAGGUGACUGUGUAAGCUUGUGUCAUCUGGUCGGUACCUUUUUUCUCCUGAUCCCAGGAAAGACGGGUUCAGUAGCAGGGGACACCAUCAUUCACCAAACCCACCAGACUGCAUCUCAAUUCAGCUGGAAUCUCUGGACCACCCGAGAACACAAGUGUGCUGUCAGACACCACAGCUGCCUAGCCAUGGGCGUGCUCCAACCGUUGCCCUCAGUUCCACCGCAGCUGGCCUGUCUUUCCCACCCCCCAGCAAGGAUGUGGACCAGCAGACUCACAGCCCUCUCAGGUCCACAAGGCUUGAGCUGGAAGCCAGGACUGAGUGCGACCCCGGGCUCUGCUCCCUCCUUUUGCCCACUUCAUCCUUCCUCUGCCCUCAGAGCUUCCGAGGGGCUCCCCACUCCCCUGGGAACAGAGCCUGACCAGUUCUACAGCCCCCACUCCAGCACCUCAGAGCUCCAGGGGAGGAGAGAACUCUGGCUCCUACCCGGUAGCCAUGUUGUUCGCAGCUGCAGAACAACAUCUCAGGUUGGAGGAGCAAACACCAAGUGGUUGUCUGCACCCUCCCCUCACCUUCCCCGCCGCCUGACAAACUGAAACACAAGCUAAGCAUUUCUUGGAAUCAAGCUCAAACUUUCCUUUUGUAAUCACAAAAGUUAUACAUGUUCAUCUUUCCCUUUGUAAUCACAAAAGUUGUACGUGUUCAUUGCAGACAAACUUGAGCCGUGAGGUGCAGAGUGCACACCUCUGAAGGCUGCAGUGUGUAUGUCUGCAGAAACACAUCCAGCAUGUCCUCAAACACACUGGAAACCCUGCCACUGGUCUCUGUAACUUGUCCAUAAUCCCUCAGGCAGGCAUCAGUGUGGCCAAUGUUCCUGUGUGCUCCCGCAACUUAUUUCACAAUCCUUGGUGGCUUCCGGUUUCUUAGCAGACAGCAGUGUCCCGAGCAGCCUGGUACCUGAAUCUGCACCCUCGUUCCAGUCGGCUCCUAGGGGUGCGGUGCUAGGUAGAGCCCCAGGACUGCCUGUUCAGCGUCUCUACCAUGUAUGCCACAGAUCACCCCUGGACUGCACCCUUCCCCCGUGCCCAGUACUUGAUUCUCUGAACCCUUUACUAACACUGGGUAUUUAUUGUCUUUUUUUUAAUGCUUUCCCACUUUAACCAGAAAAAAUAUAUAUAUAUAUAUAUAUCUUAUUAUUUUAAUUUUCAUUUUCUUUCUCAUGUGAUUUUUAUAUGCUUAAUUGGUCAUUUAUACUGAGUUGUACUGCCUGUCACUUGGAUUUGAAAAAAUAAAGGCAUCUUGACAGUGGA